UGGCAGCAAAGUUAGAAGUCUACAUGCACACAUACAGAAACACGAACAAACACGUUUUCUAAGAGAGAGAGAGAGAGAGAGAGAGAGAGACUAAUGGAGGAACUGCCGCCGGGUUUUCGGUUCUUCCCCACCGAAGAAGAAUUGGUUUCAUUUUAUCUGCACAACAAGCUUGAAGGGAUCAGAGAAGAUCUUGACCGGGUGAUACCAGUCCUCUACAUUUAUGAUUUCAACCCAUGGGAUCUAGCACAAUUUGCGGGAGAGCGAUGCCGUGGAGACGCCGAGCAGUGUUUUUUCUUUAUUCCUAGACAAGAGAGAGAAGCCCGAGGUGGAAGGCCAAACAGACUGACAACAUCGGGGUAUUGGAAAGCCACUGGCUCACCUGGUUACGUUUACUCUUCCACCAACAACAGAGUCAUUGGUAUGAAGAGGACCAUGGUUUUCUACAAAGGAAGAGCUCCCACUGGAAUGAAAACUGAGUGGAAGAUGAAUGAGUAUAAGGCCAUUGAAGGGGAAGCUUCCUCAUCAACCACAAGUCCCAUUCCCAAGCUAAGACAAGAGUUCAGUUUGUGCCGAGUGUACAAAAAUUCAAAAUGCUUGCGUGCUUUCGAUAGACGUCCAUCAGCAGCAGCAGCACUGGCAGGUAGCCUAAAGGUACAGAACCAAGCUCAUGAUGAGGCAACAACUUCUAAUCAUAACCGUCCAAUGAUGGAGAUCAGAACAAGCUCACCGGAGAGUUCGUCCUCUGGAGAACAUCGGAACAAUCCUUCUCAAACUGUGGGAAAUGAAAGCUGGGAUAUGGUUGUGGACAACGAGCCUAUGUGGGAUUUGGAACAGCUCAAUUGGUUUAAUUAACACAUUGGAUCGGGAAAAGAUGAAAAGUAAAGAGCAUCAUCUUUUGUCAUUUCAUAAGGACAAUGUGGAUUUCGUGUACUACAUGGUCCGUGCAUAUAUGUACCGUACAACCCUCGAGUCCUUAACAGUUUCAAAUAGUGCAAGAUCAUAGGAGUAUGUUGGAUUUCAAACUUCAGCUAGCACACUAUAUAUAAGUUGUCUACUUGACUUGAGCGC